AUGAAUCUUUUUAUUUAUGUCCUACUUUUGUCCAUUUGGACAAAUAAUGGUUUAAACACAAAUGAAAGCAAUGGAUCUUUUACUACAGCAGCAAAACGCCUUGAAUUAAUGGAAACAAAAAUGGACAAUUUUAGAAAACAUCUACUCAUUAUCAUAAUUGGUAUUAUGAUCAUAUCCUUUGUCUUUACUUGCUUUUGUUUUCUCCAUUAUAAUUGUAUGAACGAUGAGAUCUCCAAAGGAGCAAUGGUCAAGAAAGAAGGUAUAGCAGCCAAAUCUUCCCUGUCAUCCAAAAUAUCAUUCAGCGAAUUCAGGCCACUUGGUUCAUACAGUCCAGAAAAACAAUCCAUGCUAUCUGGUAUUGACAAGCUAUCUGGUCCCUUAAGUCCAGGAAAGUCAUCUAUACCAUCUAGUGCAGAAAAGUUAAUCAGGUAUCCAAGUCCAAGAGAGUCAUCUAUAUCAUCUAGUGCUGAACCUUUAAUCAAGCCAUCAAGUAAAAAAAAGUCACGAAGGCCACCAAGACCCUCAAAAUUUCUCAGGUCAUCGCACAUGGAAAAGUCAAAUAGAACACAUAAUCUAGAAAGGCCAUAUAAGUUAGAUCAUGCCCAUAAGCUAGUCAAUCAAGGCAGUCCUUCCUAUCCAGUCAAGCCGGUCAGGCAAUCCUCACCAGCUUAUCUACACUGUCCAACCUGGUCAGCCAAGACAGUAUGUCCAUAUCACCCACAAAAUCAAAUCUUGCCAUUUAAUCCAUCCAUACAGAAAUUUUCUAGGCCAUCCAGAUGUCUUAAACCGAAAAAAUCAUUGGGCGUAGGCAAGGCAGCCAGGUUAUCCAGAUCUCUAUUAGCCAAGAGUUGCCGAUGUUACAAAGAAAGAUGCCUUGUUUGCAAAAGUUCUGAGCCUUUAGUCAAUGAUAUUCCUGAGUCAAAGAAGAAAAACACUCAAAAGCUACCUGUUUCAAGUAAAGUAAAGCCUUUUCCCAGAUCCUUUCAGAAAGUAGAUUCCUGGUACAAUGUAUACCAUGAUAAUGUGAGUGACAGUGAUGUAAGAACAUAUGACAGUAAUGAUGACAGUGAUAGGGAGAUAACCAUUAUUUGCAACAUCAGGUACAAUGAAGUCAUCCCUGAAGAUACCCUAAAUAAUUAA